UUGGAAUGACAUGUUAUUAUAUAGCUAUAUGCUGGACUGGUCAUUGCGCUGCUUAAUGUAACAGACUGCACUCAUUAAAACAGAGUAGAUGCGGUGAGAUGUGUCGCGCGACUUAAGUGCCUGGCACCUCGGACACGCGCUUUACUGGUUACCUUGACAGCGAGAGCCAGACCGAACAGAUAACAAAUUAAGAGGCACUUAAACACGUUUCACUAGAGAUACAAAUUAUGUCUUCGCUAUCCGUGAAGACCCGCAGGGAAGAUGCUGGGAAGCCCUCAAUUAUUAAGUCAAAAUCCAUGUCCAGCAGACAUACGGCUUUACAACACACUCCAGUCUACAAAAAGACAUCUAAAUGUACAGGAAAGCUUAAUGGAAACUCACUGGAAAGGAUGCCACCAGAGAUCAUUCUCAGGAUUCUGUUAUACUUGGAUGCUGGGUCUCUUUUUUGCAUUAGUUUUGUCAACAAGCUCUUCCAUGAUCUUUCCAACAGCAAUGCUCUGUGGUAUCAGUUUUACAUCCGUGAACUCACCAAAAAGAAAAAAGGCUGCCAAGAAGACCAGGCGACACAUGGUCUUGGUGUUAAAGUUGUACAGGAGAAGCCAAAGGGAUACUGGAGAAAUGCUUUCUUUAAAGAAAUCACAGGAUUGAAUACAAACAAGUGGAGAAAAAAACUUCAGCGCAUUGACCCUUAUACCGGACUGCCGUGUCAUACAGAGGAAGUUCUAAGGAGUCUGUGCGUUUCAUGGCAGAUCACAGUGACUGAUGGGAGAGGACGGCACAGCACCUUUGAGCAGUCUCAUGCCUCCUUCAGCAGCACGGCUGGAUUUGUGUUUUGGGGCGCUGUCAACUGGCCUCCCUUCAACCAGAUCACCUCUGUUGAGCUUCACGGUGUAGCGCUGGUGCCCCUCGAUUGUCCCGCUGCCUACAGGCCGGGAUGGAAAUCUGUUAUGGCCACGGUAAAGGUUCAAGGUGAAUGCAGUGAACUGUUUGUUUCGGACAAGGUUAUCAAGAUGGUGUAUGUGGGACAAGGCAUAACUUUUGGACUCUGGAAGGACCAAUUGCAAAUCGCUUUUGUUAUUGUGAACUUGCACAAUCAUUUACUUGUGCAAAGAAGUCUUCACCCAUACAUUAGUUCACAUAGAGAAGCCAGAGUCAGGGCUUUGUUUGAUGACGUGGAUCCGGAGUUUGGUCUUCAUGGGUACACUGCUUACAUUGAACUACACAACACAGCCAGAGUCCUCGUGUCUGACCGCUUUUCUCAGCUCUUCUGCAGGAGAGACCAGAUUUCUGGUGGUUUCCUUCCACUGAAGCUGAUCGGUAAGAAUAACAGAUGCCCAAAUGCUCAUCUGCUUAGUGAUGUCAGCUUGCCUUGGAAAACUGAGGCUUUACAUGGAGCUAUCAAGGACUGCUGCAUGUUCAGCCUCACUGUAUGGGACGAAGCCAAGCAGCCUUUUUGGUGUGUCAGCGCUCCUGUUGUCAUUACAAAAGUCAAUCAGGACACAGUAUCAUAUGAUUUUGAUGGUGCAAGUUUCUCCAUCUUCUACCAAGACUCAGAGGGGAGGGUGGAGAUGAGGCUGAAGCAGAUGGAGUAUAAGGAACAGUAUUUUCUAGUUAAUCUAGUGAUUUACAUCUCUGUUGCCAAAGUGAAUAAGCACUUUGGGAGAGAUUACUGAAGACUUUUUAAUGUAUUAGACACUUAAAUCCACAUUUUCACAUAGCAUUAUGUUUUAAUCACAGGUCAGUCUGUCACAGAAACGAGGGAUUGCCAUGUCCCGUUUACUUACAAGUUGUAUUUAACAAAUAAUAAAGUCAGGGUUUCCCACUCUUAGCCAAAAGUCAAUUUUUUUUGCAAAGUUAUUAACUAUGAUAACU